UCAGCAAUUUCCACUUUUUAUAACAGGUAUUCUUUACUAUAGGCUUAAGUCACUGCCUGAGAUGCUGUUUAUUUGUUCACCACAAAACUGUUUACGAUAAAACACGGGGUCAAACUCAAGGCCCGCGGGCCAGAUACGGCCCACCACAUCAUUUUAUGUGGCCCGCGAAGACAAAUUGUGCAUCAAAUUCGUGUGUCAUGACUAGAAUUGUAAAUGUUCUUCACUUUAAAAAAAAAAAAAAAAAAAAUUAAAUAUUUGACCAGUUUUUACUAGUCUGAUUUGAAAACGAGUUCUUUGUCAGUUGGUUUUGUAGCUUAUACUGUAUAUAAUAUGAGGUGCUCAUACAUUUAUUUGGGUUGACAGUCAUAACGGCCCUCCAAAAGAAACUAUGAAAAAAAAUGAGUUUGAGACCAAGAUGUAUUUAUUCGCAGGGGUCGAACACCUCACGACGAAAGGCGAGCGCCAGCAUCAGGGCAACUCGUUUGAUUGCAAUGAAUUCAUUCUGGAACUUUUCUUACUUUCUCGCGUCAUCGUCGUCGUGCUCACAAAGGCUGGGGGCUCGCCACAAAGCCGCGGCGGAGCGCGUCCAAUGGAGAAAGGCCAAAUGUGCAGAAGGCUCGUCAACUUUCAAAGCGCCUUUGUGGCCUUUGACGCUCGAAACUAUACAUGCUCGAGAUCUGCUCUCUUGUCUUCACAUUCGCCGAAGCCAUUGAAGAGAAGAAGCGACGAUUCAGCCAGCCCAGCCAGCCCAGCCAGCCAGCCCAGCCAGCCAGCGUUCGACUGAUCGAUCGAUCGAUCGAUAGCCACCAGAUGGACACGUUCCGGCUCUGUUUCCGCCUCCUCCUGCUGCUCCUGCUGCUGCCCCCGGUGGCGCCAGAUGACUGUCCUGAUUGCAGUGGCGCCGAUGACACCACAAAGGCCUGCAAGUGCAAAAUUGGCGGCGAACUCAAGAUGAUAAUCAACCCCGACGCUGCCGCAAACGAGUGGAAGGACCCGAAUAACAACGUGAUUAGUGACGGCGGCAGGUACACUUUGCCUAGCGAGAAGAAAACCCUGACGCUCAAGGAUGUGAAAGCUGAGGAUGCCGACAAUGUCUACACGGCCACCAAAGCCGACGACAAGACCCAGUUGUUCAAAGUCAUCCCUUUGGUCGUGUGCGAAGCCGAAAACCAGCCGUGCAAAGUGGACCAGGGCCAAAACGUCCGAUUGAAGGCUGGCAACAGCGCCUACUCAUGGGUCCUCGAAACCGAAGCGAAAACAACAGUAGAGGGUAACUUGGACAUCACCGGCGUGACUGCGGCCGACGGCGGGAAGUACCAGGCCAAAGACAACGCAGGCAGCGUGAAGAAGACCAUCCAACUUAGUGUUACCGUGCCCGACGACCCAAAGCAAACGCCCGCCGACUCGAACCCCCGCGGCAAGUCUGGCCGCCAGCUUGCGGUCAAAGCCAGCAGCGACGGCCCUGCCAAGGUGGGCGCCCAAUGGAGCCUGGAGUGCGUGGUCACCCAGAACGACACCCGCGUCACCCACUUCACCUGGUGGAAGGACGACAAAGUGAUGGUUGGCCAAACGGGGGCCAAAGUCGUCUUUGAGGCCCUCAAGGCCAUGGAUGCGGCCAAAUACAGAUGCAAGGCCGGCGACGACGAGUCCCUCAACUACGACUUGACAGUUGUUGGCAGCGGUGCCGUGGCGCCGUCCUCCUCGCUGCUGCUGACGCUGAGCCUGCUGCUUGGCCUCCUGUGCUGCUAGAUCUUGGGCCGCCAGGUGGGCUCGGCGCACCUGCUCGCCUACUCCUCGCUGACGGAGCGUGCUUCUUUUUGUUUGUGCAUGCAGCUCGUCCGUCCGUCCGUCCCCGGCCGGGAGACAGACGCCAGCUCGGGGCGCCCGCCGCCGCCGCCGCCGCUGGUCACCCAAAUAAAGCAGACAACUUUGCAUGCUUCAAGUUGAAAUAAAAAUAAGAGUUUGAAAUCCUUUAGAAUAGGAAUAAGGAAUGCUUAACGAUUUCCUUGAUGUGGCGCUUGAAUUUGUUUUGCUACGUGGCGCUGCAUUUCUUUCUUUUCUUCUGCUUCAGCAGUAAAUAAAAAUGCAUUCAAUG